GCGCACUGGCAUGAAUUUUGAAUCGUGCAAUAGUACUGUGCGAAGUGCAAAGCGCUGCCAAGCGAAUAUACCAAGCGAUUUAAUUUUACGAAGUGUUUAUUACUUGAUUGAAGAAGUACAAGUACAAUGUCUCUGCUACCAUACGUAUUUGGUUUCCAACGUCCAAGCCGCCUCUUGGAUCAAGAGUUCGGACUAGCGUUGACUCCGGACGACCUGUUGACUGCUGCGGUCAGCCCGUUACUAUCCAGGGACUAUUAUAGACCUUGGACGCAGCUAGCAGCCGCGGCCAGGGAUGUCGGUUCUAGCAUCAAAGCCGACAAGGAUAAAUUCCAAAUCAAUUUGGACGUGCAACAUUUCUCGCCGGAGGAAAUAACAGUGAAGACGGCAGAUGGGUACAUCGUGGUCGAAGGGAAGCAUGAGGAAAAGAAGGACGAGCAUGGUUAUAUCUCUCGUCAGUUCGUGCGCAGGUACGCUCUACCAGAGGGUUGUAAACCCGAGACUGUCGAGUCCAGACUUUCCUCCGAUGGUGUACUGUCCGUGGUUGCUCCAAGACAGCAACAACCAGCCUUGAAGGAUGAAAGAGCCGUACCCAUUCAACAAACCGGACCAGUGCGCAAGGAGAUCAAGGAUGCCAACCACGAAGAACCCAAGAAGUAAUUACAAUUUUUUAACACAUUCUCAAAUAACUGUUUAAAUUUAAGACUGAUAUUUAUUUUCCCAAGUUUGUGAAUUUUUUAAAUAAACCUUUUGUUUAAAUUGUAA